GAAAAAAAAAAAGAAAGAAAAAGAGAAAGAAAAAGAAGUAGAAAAAAAUGAAGAAAAAAGAAACGAUAAAUAAAGAACACCCUCAACGUGAAAAAUUCUUUCACAAAACUUAUAAAAAUGAAGCCACCAAGGUAGCGGAGGAGGAGGGGUAAGAACGACGAAAUAAAAAAAAAAGAAAAAAAUAAAAAAAUAAAAAAAUAAAAUAAAUACAAAAUAAAACGAAAAAGAAAAGAAAAAGGAGAAAAUAAAACGAGAGAAAGAGAAACGAAAAUAAAAAAAAACAAAAAAACAAAAAAACAAAAAAUAAUAACGAAAGAGGAAAAAAAAAGGAAAAAGAAAAUAAUUUAAUCCGGCGAAUCCAAUAACAGUUGGAGAUCGUUUCGAGUUCGGAAAGACGAGUGACACUUUCGUUGAAGUGCACACCUUCGAUGUUAGCUCUGACGAUGCAACGAAGACUCGUCGUCGUCGUCGUAGUCGUCGUCGUCGUAGUCGUCGUCGUAGUCUUCGUUGUCCUCGUCCUCGUCGAAAGGGGUGGGCCGCCCUUUCUAGCGACGCUUUCCACCCUCUACGAACAGCGCCGCCGCUACCACUACCACCACCACCACCACCAUUGCCACCACCACCACCACCACCACCAUCACCACCACCACACCACCACCACCACCACCAUCACUACCACCACUACUCUUCAACCAUCUAGCCAGCCAGCCAGCCAGCCAGCCAUCCAGCCAGCCAGCCAGCCAGCCAGCCAGCCAGCCAGCCAGCCAGCCAGCUUCCUCCUGGUGUCCGCACGUAUACCAGAGAGCGACUGCUGAGUUUCGUGGCUCCUUCGGUUCACUCAGUAGCGCCGGGUGUUUCGACGCGGCAAGAGCUUAUAAUUUGCCCUAGUGUUGCCCUACCAUCCUCCAUUUCUCCAUCGAAUUUUUACACGCCAUCGAAUGGAUCUCGCGGGAUAAGGGAGCCGCCCAGCCGCGAAAACGCGCAAAACCCUUCCUACCUUUAGCAACCUAGACGACCAACCCCACUCUCUCUCUCUCUCUCUCUCUCUCUCUCUCUCUCUCUCUUUCUCUCUUUCUCUCUCUCUCUCUUCACUCUACUCCGCUUGCGACUCCUCGACGCGCAUGAAAACAUCGGCGCGGCGCGUGCAAUCUUUGUAGUUGACUGGGUGACAGCGUGUGCUUUGGAUCCUACGGAUAGUUUUCUUCGGAGGAUUAUAUUUUCUGAUUUUGAUAUAAUCGAAGGAACGUGGAGUUAUGCCAGUGACGAGAGUGCCAACUGUCUUUCAUCCUGACGGUGGUGGUAGUGAUGUGAAUGAUGAGAUAAAUCAUUCGAAGCUAUCGUCGGACCAGUGUUACAAAUCUGUACUCAAUUGUGAUACUACUAUUACUUCUGCUAUUACUACUACUGUUACUAAUAAUAUCGGUACCAGUGCUGCUGCUAUUACUACUACUACUACUACUACUACUUCUUGUUCUCGUGCUAUUGGUUGUGCUCAAUCACGAAAACGUAACGAUUACGCAUUUGUGACUUUUCUUCGGGUCAACAUGAGAGCCGCUAUCAUCGGUGUUAUCGGUGUCCUCGUUGUCCAGUUCGCUGGUACACUUGGUAUAUCCAGCAAAGGUGGCGACAUCAAAGUCGAAAUAAAAAUGCCAAGAGAAGCCGAGGAAGGUGCCACAAUCGAAUUAAGAUGCGAAUGGCGACUUUUGGGUGGUGCUGGUCUUUAUUCUGUCAAAUGGUACAAGGACGAACAUGAAUUUUUCCGAUAUGUACCAGAUAACGAUCCUAAAAUACAAACAUUUCCACAACUUGGUAUACAUCUCGACAAGAGGUCAAACAGCGAAAAGUCGAUAAGGUUGGCGAACGUGAGGUUGGAGACAUCCGGUCAAUACAAAUGCGAGGUAUCAACAGAGGGUCCAUCGUUCGCCUCUUUUCAUAAAACAGCUAAUUUGACUGUAAUUGCUCUUCCGGAACGAGGACCGGAAAUCACGGGCUUAACCUCGCACUACGCCGUUGGCGAAAACGUGACUGCCAACUGUACGGCCUGGCCUUCGAUACCAAAAGCCGAUCUUCGCUGGACCAUCAAUGGAGAAACGGUGCCAGCAGAAUACACGGUACAGCAUCCACCUCUGGCUCCAAUAAACUCCAAAGGUAUACCUAACAGCCUUGGUUUACGUCUGGAAGUAGAACCAAGACACUUCGGUGGUGGGCUGGUUAAGAUCAAAUGCAUCGCCAAAGUCGGUUCUCAUACGUACGAAGCUAAGAGGGACGUCCUGAAGGCCUAUGUGAACAACCAGAGGCUGAGUGCUGGUGAUCUUCGUAGCAACAGAGCUUGUCGUAACGACGAUCGAUUUCUCUAUGGUCCUCUGAUCUUUUCGAUCGUUUUGAUCGUCGUUGCAACGUGACCGUGCAGAACGUGAACAAAGUUAUCCGCGAAUCACGCUUUAACGCGUAUUACGUCACAUCUGCCAGACGGAUUCAGUGUCAGUCGUCCGAUCCUUACGUAUAAUAUUAAUCUAGCCGUUAAGGUAUUAGAUGAGUGAUCUACUAUGAUCCGAACGACGAUGAUUAUUAUUUUUUACUUUCAUUUCUUUUUUUCUCUCUCUUUCUCUUUCUCUCUCUCUC